CUAGAAAGCUGUCGCAGGAGGCUAAGGUCCAGAGCAAGCUCGCACUUAUAACUCUACCUCGCCUUGCCCUUUCCCCCUUCUUGAGAUGUUCUUCGUGUCAUCCCUCUCUAUCUACUUUUGCGGGGACCAUCCAAGCAGCGGACUUUUGUCUGCGUCCUUUCUUUGAACCAAUCCGACCUUCAUUUCUACUGGUUUGAGCGGCUCUCUGGUCUCCACCAGUCGACAUUCUUUCACCAUGGUGUCCCAACUUGUCACCGUCCUCGCUGCUGUAUCAGCUGUCACUCCUUUUGUUUCUGCUUUCGAUCCUCAAUCGAGGUCGAAUGUUGCUGUCUACUAUGGCCAAGGAACCGAUCAGCAACGUCUGAGCCAUUUCUGCCAAGAUACAUCCUUGGAUAUCAUCAACCUUGGUUUCGUCAAUAUCUUUCCUGACCAAGGCGUUGCCGGUUGGCCAGGAAGCAAUUUCGGCAAUCAGUGCGAUGGCACCUACUACACGGUUGGCAACCUAACAACAGAGCUGCUCAAAGGUUGCCACCAGCUAGUGGAAGACAUUCCUAUCUGCCAGGCUGCGGGCAAGAAAGUGUUCCUGUCUUUGGGUGGUGCUUACCCCGCCACUCAGCAAAUUCUAUCAGAGGAUUCUGCCAAUAACUUCGCCGACUUCCUAUGGGGUGCCUUUGGCCCCAAGACCGACGAUUGGGUGUCCAACAAUGGUCCUCGCCCUUUUGGUGAUGUUGUCGUGGAUGGUUUCGACUUUGACAUUGAGCACAAUGGCGAUUACGGUUACGCAACAAUGGUCAACCGACUGAGAUAUCACUACUCCUUACAGGAAGGUCGUGACUUCUAUAUCUCGGGUGCGCCUCAAUGCUCGAUCCCUGACAAGCAACUUGACAACGCGAUUGCCAACGCCCACUUCGACUUUAUUUGGGUGCAGUUCUAUAAUACUCAGGGCUGCUCCGCCCGUGACUACGUCGAAGGCACGGUAGAUGGGUUCAACUUUGACAAAUGGGUGGAUGUCAUCAAAGCAGGAGGCAAUCCGGACGCUAAGCUAUAUGUCGGAUUGCCUGGCAGCACGAGUGCUGCCGCCAGCUCCGAUUACUACAUUACCCCCGUGGAGGCCUAUGCGCUGGUUGCCGAGUAUAUGGCGCGCUUUCCAGACACCUUUGGUGGUAUCAUGGUUUGGGAAGCGACGUAUUCGGACGAGAAUAAAUUCGGCGACGAAUCAUUCGCCGACGUGAUGAAGCAGAUUGUCUUGACUCUUGACCCUACUCCUCCUCAGACAAGCACUGCUGUACCCUCUAGCAGCACGCCUACGCCAUCCCCCUCAUACACUGCCACAAGCACACCUGCGGUGUCCACUCUUUCUGUCUCGCCCAUUGCUUCCACGGUGUCUACUCCUUCCACGGUGUCUACUCCUUCGGCGGUGUCUAAUCCUUCGGCGGUGUCUACUCCUUCGGCGGUGUCUACCCCUUCGGCUGUGUCUACUCCUUCGGCUGUCUCUACUCCUUCGGUUGUCUCUACUCCUACGGCUGUCUCUACUCCCUCGGCAGUGUCUACUUCCACUGUGGCCUCUAGCACGUCCACGAUUUCAAGCCAUUCUGUGGUCUCAAGCCCUCCGGCGGUGUCUACUUCUUCUGUGGUGUCUAGUGCCCCCGUGGUGUCUAACUCUGUUAGCUCGGGAUCUUCUGCCCUGUCGAGCAUUGCUUCUGUUGUUUCGAGCUCAUCUGCGGUGUCCAGCAGCCCUGUGGUUUCCAGUGCUUCUGUUGUAACAAGCAGCUCUGCCGUUGUCAGCACGGGCGUGAGCACCCCUGUGGUGUCGGUCAGUUCUGUGGUGCCUAGCUCUUCCGUGGUCUCUACACCACCUACAGUAUCAGGUCCCUCCGGUUCAUUCAGCUCCCCUGUGGUGCCCAACACCCCCUUGGCACCUAGCUCUUCUGUGGCUACCAGCUCCUCCGUGGUCUCCAGCUCACCGAUCACCUCUAUUAUACCCGUUAUUACAACCAAGUUUGUGCCCUCUAGCUCGCCUGUGAUUCCUAGCUCCUCUGUUGCAUCAAGUUCGUCUCUGGCUUCUAGCCCUCUUGUUGUGACAAGCCGUCCUGUCGUCUCUAGUGUGCCUGGCGCGUCCAGCGCGUCCUCCAGCUCGAUUUUGGUCUCCGGUCCCGUUGUCGCCAUAUCGUCUUUGGCUACCAGCUCUCAUAGCUCCUCUGUGGUGAGCCCUCCUGCGGUGUCUAGUUUCUCUGUGGUCACGAGCAGACCUGUCAUUCCCGGGCCAUCCUCUUCAAUCAUUGCUACUCCAGGCUUUUCCGAGACAUUGAGCUCUUCCAUCAUUCCCAGUGCAUCCGGCCAGGUGUCCCCUGGUGCGCCACAACUGUCUACUGCAUCGCUGGUCUUGAGCUCCCCGGUUUCUUCUACGGGCUCACCUGUCACCUCGGGGGUCUCUGUGCCUUCGAGCUUGGUUAUCGGGGCUUCUAGCAUCGUGGCUUCUGCUUCCUCUGGUGUGGAGACUACCAUUCCUAAUAGUCAAUCUCUCUCUUCGGGCUCCGUUGUGGAUUCCGUCACGUCGUCAAUUUCAGUCGUCGCGUCUGGGACCGGCACCUUCACCGGCCCGUCCAUCGGACCCAGCACAGCUGCUUCGACGGUAUCGACAGUGCAGCCCGGGGGCUCUGUUCCAUCGGUCUCAGGAACGAUCCCAAGCUCGGUUCUCUCUAACACUCAAUUGGUGUCGACCGCUUCGCACGCCGGCACUACAUCGGGCACGGAGUCUUCCUCGAGCGCAGGUGCAACCAGUAUUCCUAUCUCCGGUAGCGAUGCGUCCUCGUCCGCGAAUCCAGGAAACCCCCAUGGGUCUGGUGUUACGAGCUCCACGGCGAGCGCAAACACUUUGACGGUCCCAAAUCAGUCUGGCCAAGGAAGCACGGCUUCUUCGUCGGGCACAACUCACGCUGUCAGCAAUGUUUCAGACCAGACAGGCAAGCCAACAGCAGUGCCCAUCAGUGCUACAUCCACUGAUAGUGCUGCUUUUACUGUCAUUACCCCAGGUAUCACUGCUGGCCCUGGAGCCACUUCUGUGUCUUCCGCCGGAUCUGCGCUGGAACCAGCGACUACGACCACAAUUAUUGUAACCUCGUACAUUGAUAUCUGUCCCGAGGGCUUUACGACCAUCACUACGACUUACACGACCACCUACUGUCCUGUCACGGCUGCUGCCGCUGCCACUGCUACUGCUACUGCCCCCGCCACAGUCCCUGGCGUCUCAGGUUCUCCAGGUGCUGACACAGCCAUUACCCCCGUCAGGGUGACUGGCGCUUCAGCCUCCCAGGCUUCUACCACGACUGUUGAAAUCCCCGAGGGAUGGACCACGACGGUCACGGUCUGCACACACUGUGCUGCGACACCGACUACAGUCACUCUGACUCGGCCAGUUAUCACCUCUUCAUCGGAGCAGACAUCACCGACCGCUGUCUCAGGUUCCCUGUCUGGCUGGACAACCACGGUUUCUGUCUGUACCGAGUGCGGGCCGACGCCGACUACGGUGACUAUCACAGUGCCUGUAAGCACUGUCGUAGCGGCGACAGGCACCCGCCCUGGCAAUCCUGAGGGUGUCGAUGCUGUCCGUGGAGGGUCCACGGGGCUUGGUGCAUCUUCGACCUCUGUGAAUGUGAUCCCUCACUUCACAUCCACUGCUCUUGUAUCUCCAAGUCAGGCACCUCCCAGCCAACCUGGAACUGCGGGAGCCGCAGAUGUUCGCCCUUCGUCGACACUCCUCGUUCAGCCCUCUGCGAGUGGCCUAUCCGGAUCGGUGGUACCUAGCCAUACACAAGAGGGUGUAUCGCCAGUGUUCACUGGUGCAGCUCCUCGAUUGGCUGCCUUCAAACAUGGGGCUGGGGCUCUCAGCACCCUUGCCCUGCUUCUGCUGACUACCUUGUAAAGAGCUCUUUUCUCUUGAGUCUCUACUCUUUUCUCUUCUCAUAUCCUGUAUAACCUCUCACAUUGUGGCGAGGUAUACUGCUUCACAUUACCCAUUAUCGGUUUGAAAUGAAUGACCAACGAUGUCCGAUGUACCAACAUUUAAUAUUGUCGCAUCAACGCAAAGAUCUCUUGGGCGUGCCUUC